AUGGAAUACACAUCCAAGAUCCGCUCCGCUCUCCAAACCCAAUCCUUCCCGACCCCCUCCCUACCCUGGACCACAACCCUGACCUCGCGCGUCCCGACCCCCCCUCUCCCCUCCCUCAUCGCGACCGCCAAAGCCCGCCUCCUCGCCUCGGACCUCACGACGCCGGGCCUCCUCGAACCCUCCGCCACUGCGAGUCUCCCCACGACAACCACCGAUCAACCCGAGUUGACCCUGCAACGAGACGUCCCCUGCCAGGUUCUCGACGUCGAGAACCUGAGCCUCUCGCGCUGGGAACAGGUCGAGGAGCUCGAGGCCGUCGCGAGGGGGGAGCAGACGACGGGGCGGAGGGUCGUGAGACUUGCUGCUGCCACUGAGGAGCCCGAGUAUGAUAAUAUCGACGAGGGCACCGGCGGCGGAGGGAAUGCUGUUAGGGCGGGUAGUAGAGCCAUCCAACCACAACAGCAGCAGAGACGGAACGCUACCCACAGGCUGAUAUUGCAAGACUUCAAGGGCAACAAGAUUUACGCGCUGGAGCUCAGACGGAUAGACAAGAUUGGGAUCGGGAGCACAAAUAUCGGCGAGAAGAUUGUGCUCAAGAAGGGGACGGUCGUGGCGAGGGGCACGGUGUUGCUAGAGCCGGAUAAGUGCGUGAUGCUUGGGGGCAAGGUCGAUGCGUGGCAGAAGGCUUGGAUCGAGGGGCGGAUGGCGAGGUUGAAGGAGGUUGUCGAGGGGGAAAGGUGA